UUUCUUCUUCUCUUUUCCCAACAAAAUCAUCUCUCUCCUUCACACACAUUUCCAAUUCUCUCUCAUUCCAACCUCCAAAAUUCCUUCUCUCUCUUUUUCCAUUAUUUUUUAAGGAAAAAAAAAGGGGAUGAAAAUGAAGAAAUCGUGUGAAUUGUGUAAACAAACGGCGCGGAUCCACUGUGAGUCGGACCAGGCUAGCUUAUGCUGGGACUGCGACGGAAAAGUGCACUCCGCCAAUUUUCUGGUGGCGCGGCAUUCGAGGAACCUCCUCUGCCGCGUCUGCCAGUCUCCGACGCCGUGGGCCGCCGCCGGCUCCAGGCUCGAGGCCACCUACUCCGCCUGCCGCAGAUGCGCCAAGGGAGCCGGCGGCGACUGCGAGGCGGCGGAGGAAAUGGCGGAGACGCCGUGGUCGCCGCCGCCGGAGAGCUCCCUCAGCGGCGGCGGCGACGGCGGGGAUGCUGCCGCGGUUACGAGGAAACGCGGCAGGAUACAGAAUGAUCGUCCUGUUAUUAUUGAUGAUUUAAAUAUAUGUGCGGCGGAGGUGGCGGAGGUGGAGGAUUCUGUAUGCAGAGGAAUGUCGACGAGAGAACCGAAGUCACAGAGAGUGAGUGGCGGUGAGUUUGAAGCUAGAGCCGAGGAGGCGGUGAGGAAAUUCCGGCCGGAAGAAGAGGUUGUCGGCGAUGAAAUGCCGGACUAUCGCGCCAGAGACGUUGAUCUGAAUCUGACGUUGGGGCUUUUCAACGGUUGAUGAUGAUUGAUAAUAAGUUUUCGCCGAGUUAGAAUUAGAAUUAGAAUUAUUGUGAUUUUUAGAAAUAGUAAUUAGGAAAGGAUUUGAGUUUUUUUUUUAAUCAUUAUGUUACUCCUACUAUGUUGUACUACUAAUUUUUGUUGGUUGUAUUUGGUAAUGGCUAAAUGAGUAUAUAAAUAUUUUCAUCUUGA